AAAGAAAACAGAAUUCUUUGAAACCUUCGUGCCUGUGACAUCGCCCUCGCAGCUCACAGUUUCUUCACCGGCCAUUGUCCACUGCUCACCAACCACCGCCCUCAGCUCAUCAUCAAUUGUCUUCUGUUUUAAGCCGUUUCAUUUUGAAGAUGAAGAUGAGGAAGGUUCAAUGGUUCUGGACUUGGGUGAUCGGUUCGGUCAUUUUGAGACUGAUUCUAGUUUACUUCCCCAAAAACCUUAACCUCUCUUCUCGCCCCGAAAUUUCGACCCCUCUCACUAGCAUUCGUCGACUUGCUGAGGGUUACUGGUUGAAGCAAUCAUCAAUGUCACCCUAUGCUGGAUCAAUGUACCAUGGCUCUCCUUUGUUGUUGACAGUACUUGGACCACUGACAGUUACAAAGAUUGAGGGACAACCCGAUGAUCUUUUAUGCAGUUUGGUUUUUGUGAUGGCAGAUGUUGUCGCUGCAAUGCUCAUUUGUGCGGCUGGUAGAAAACUUCAGGUGGCGUACGGUUCAAGUUUGCAAUCUGUUGGGCUUUAUCAAUUAUCAGAGGAUUCAGAUGUUUUUCUUUCAGGGGAGUUUGCUGCUCUUGUGUACUUGUGGAAUCCUUUUACGAUUGUUGCAUGUGUUGGUCUAUCAACUUCUGUGAUUGAGAACUUGAUGGUUGUGUUAACCCUUUAUGGAGCGUGUGCGCGAACAGCUCCGCUGGCUGCUUUUGGGUGGGUUAUAGCUACUCAUUUGUCUCUGUACCCGGCAAUCCUUAUUAUCCCAGUAAUACUGUUAUUUGGCUAUGGCCUUGAUGCUCCCCCAAGGAAAUUAUUCCGGCAAAGAAAAAAACUUGAAGUCGAUGAUUCCACCUCAAGCGAUAGGAAUUGUUUAGAAGCUGAAUUGGUAAACGAGAAAAGGAUGGUUAAAGUAUUCUCACGGAGGCCAGUUGUGCUUUUUUUGUUCUGGGUUUUGAUGUGGUCAUCCUACGUUUUAAUCCUCUGUGGCAUUUGUGUCCAACAGCACGGUGGUCUGCAGGAGAUGUUAAAAAAAUCCUAUGGCUUCAUUCUUAACAUACAAGAUUUGUCUCCAAACAUUGGAGUUUUUUGGUACUUCUUUGCAGAAGUUUUUGACUUCUUCAGAAGUUUCUUCCUUAUAGUAUUCCACGGCAAUAUUCUAUUAUUGAUAGUGCCCUUAGCCAUACGUCUUAAUCACCGGCCUUGCUUUCUAGCUUUUGUAUACAUUGUGCUUUCUUCCAUACUGAAGUCUUAUCCUUCUGUUGGUGAUUCUGCUUUGUACUUGGGUUUACUGGGCUUAUUUGCUUAUGAACUCAAAGAUAUGCAGUAUUCAUUCUUCCUGUUUUCUGGUUAUGUUGGAGUUUCACUUUUUAGCCCUGUGAUGCACAACUUAUGGAUAUGGAGGGGUACCGGAAAUGCAAACUUUUACUUUGCUACUGCAAUUGGUUAUGCUUUCUUGCAAAUCAUUCUGGUAAUUGAAAGUGUAAGCGCCAUGCUUAACCAUGACAGAAUGCUUACAAGGUUAUCUACUGCAAAGCUUCAAAAUGUCAAAUCUUGAGGGCUUCUUUUGAAGUAUGAUUUCAAUGCAUCAAAAGUUUCUGUAGUGUCCCCGAGCUCACUUGAUCUUGAUCCAAAAAAGGAAAAACUAUAAAUUCCACGGCUGAACUACGGCUGCCCUUCAAUUCCUUUUUAUCAUCCAUAUGUAUUGCUUUGAAUGCAAAGGUUUGUAGUAUUUGAACGCAAGACUCUACAGGGGAUGCUGGUUGCCAGUUACAACAGUAGAAUUUUGUCUUAAGGAUAAACAUUCACGAUUACUUUGUUAAGGUGAUUGGAAGUUAGACUUCUUGAUGUGCCAUUUAAGAUGUUUAGGUGGCUUCAUUCUUCAAAUUGAAGUACAACACAUGUUGAUUUGUUUGUAUGUUCCAAAAAAAAUCAUAAUUUUGUAGUAUUUGAUUGAUGGAUUUGGAGAAUGGAGAGAUACAAAUCCGACACUUUUGUAUCAAGUUUCAAUGCUCAUGUUAUAAUGAUUAUAAUUUUUUUUUAUA